AUGCCGUGGUCGAUGGCGAAGGGCGACGAAGAGAGUGUCGCGCGCGUGAUACGAGCUGCUGCUGAGCGACAAUUAAAGGACCGCGAAGAAAGGAAGGCGAUGGAGAGCUCGACUAGCGGUAUCUCUCAGGCGCGAAUGGAAUCAGCUGGCGACGUUGCUGGCUGA